AUGGCGUAUAGGGUAGUGAAUGGGGCAGGCUCGACGCCCAGGACUCCGGAGCAUGUGGGCCCGGACCAGAACGUGCAGAUAAAAGAGGUCAAGCGGAUUCCGGAGCAGGAGAUGCUGGACUUGGAGCUGAAUCCAGACCUGGAGGGCGACGAGGGCGACGAGGGCGACGAGGGCGACGAGGGCGACGAGGGUGACGAGAUGGAGAGCAAAGGACACACCUCUGGGACACAGUCGAGUAAACGGACACUGGACGACAGCAUUGACGAGGUGUUUGAUCACAGCGCGGACUUCCAACCGAGGAUCAACGUGCACUCGCCUUUUGCGUCUUCAGACCAGCUCUCGAAUCCCGGGCAGGGCCUAACGCAGUCGCGGCGGCGACUGUCUUCUUCGCAGCAAUCGAAGUUUGUGAGCUACUGCGAUGAGCAGCUCAUGUAUGUGCAGCGAAAAAUGGUGCAGAACCGAGGACUGAAUGCCAACCAAGGCUAUGUAACACUGAUUGAUCUUAUACUGGACAUCAAAAAGCUGGUAGACUUUAUUUGGUUUUCAAUUGACGGCUGCUCGAACACAGAGGUCCUCUUGGACCAAAGUAUCGGGCGGCGCGUUGCCGAAGAAUACGAGGGCACGCAAAACACCAACUUUGGACAGUCGUACUACCUUAUUCGAAUUUCGGACGAUUUCCUGGACUACAUUGACAAGUUCUCUCUCGAAGAGCUCGACGAAGAGGCGCGCCGCUCUACGCUGUCCAGGCUUUUCAAGAUGCUGCUAAUCCUCGACAAGAUGUUUGCUCGCCUGAUUGAUGGUGCUGUGCCGGGCCAAUAUAAGCUAUCCGGGACAGACAAGGUGAGGCUAUCGGGCAUUGCCGAGCGGACGAGAGUAAAGGUGCCAAACAUGUUGGAACGCGCGCAUAUUAGAGGCUACCACUACGAAGUCACCAAGAUUUACGAGGAAACACUCGACAGAUGCGGAUGA